GUUUUUUUGAGCAGUUUUCUCAUUUUCCAUCUGACGUUUACUGGCACCGCGUUUCCUGGCAUGAAGACUAGGAACAUAAUGCCAAGGGAUGAAGGCAAAUGAGUUCCAAGCAGCGAAAAGAUGCGGACAUACAAAGGACCACCCAGAAAACAACAUCAGUAAUGGAGUUUCAAUGCAGUAAUUCCCAACGUAUGGACUAUGGAGGUGCUGAGGAUAACACCACGCAAUGCAAAUCUGAGAAGAUGUAUAUUUUUGUGUACUCCACCACAUUCUUGAGGGGAAAAAGGUCUGGAGGAUGAGAAAACCAUGACUUUAAACCCAGAAUGGAAGAAGACAGCUUCAUUUGUUAGCAGAGCCAAGACCCGCGCGCAUCGUGAUGACGACGCUGCUGCUGACGGAGCGCAUCAGCCGGCAGGACCGCGGCGCCGAGGGGGAGCUCGUCCUGUACGGCUCCUCCUGCUCCCAGCUCACCCAGGAGGCCGAAUACGUCAAAAAGGUGCCGGGGGAGGCGCCGGAGCCGCGCUGGAACCGCAGCCCCGUGGCCACGACGCUGAAGGAAACGGAGGAGCAGCUGCUGCUGGUGAGCAGGGAGAACCAAGUGCUGAAGAUCAAGCUGGAAGCCACAAGAGAAGCAGGUGUACAAGCUCUCAGAUCUGCCUCCCAAAAACUGUACGAGAAUUACCAGGCUCGCUCGGAACAGCUGAAAAAAAGCCACGAGGAUGAGAAGCAGCAAAUCCAGACCCACAAUCUCCAGCAUGAAGCAAAGCUCCAGCAAAGCUCCCAAAACAGCGCCCGCCUCGCCGAAAGCGUCAGGGACAGAUGCAGCCGCAUCGCGGAGAUGGAGACGCGCGUGCGGAGGAUGCAGGAGGAAAAGCAAAUGCUGAUAGAGAAGAAGACGUCAUUUGAAAAGACGCUUCACCAGAUGAUGGCGAGGAAUGAAGACAGCAAACGGUGCCGGGACGUCGAGCAGCAGAUUGUCACCCUGCGGGAGCAGAUCUGUCACCUGCAGCGCCUCAUCCAGGCCCAGCAGCACGGCCUGCGCGCCGUCAUCCAGGAGGCAGAGGAACUGAACAAGGAACUCAAAAGCCAAGAUAAAAGGAUAGAGGACCUGACCGAGAAGCUGACUGCACUGGAAGCACAGAAUAAGGAACUGAAAGACAGAGUGGAGUUCUGGUCUGGAAAGCCCAAGACUAUGGUUUCCAAAGGUGUUUGGACAGAUGCCCCGCGCCACUUGGGAGUGUUCGGAGCGUCCCCUUACGGGAUGCUUGCCCGGCUACGGCAGCAGGAGAGCUGAAGGAACACCUGGAUCUUUGUCCCCGACCUUUGCGAGGACUUAUCCUGCGUGUUACAACCUCCUGGGUGCAAGAAUAAACCUGGAACUAAGGCAAGAGCUGGUGAAAGAUGGUGAGCUGGCCACGCCUGGGGGUGGCGCAUCCCUGGUGCAGCACAACGGGGCUCCCCCUGCCCAGACUGAAACAGAGACUCAGUUUAACCCAACUCACCUUUAGGUAAGACUAUAAAAUAAACCUUUGGCUGCCUGGCA